AUGAGACAUCACACAGCAUUCGGUGCCCUGGCCCUGGCUUCAUUUGCAGGUUUCGCUGUUGCAAAGGCCAAGGGCGAUGGCUAUUACGGAUACAAACUGAACCGUCGCGGUGACGACGAGUCUGCUAUCUACGAAACCGAGAACACUAGCAAUGGCAUCGCUCCUCUAAACGAAGAACCCGACGUUUACCUCAACGCCAAUGUCUCUGUUGGCGAGAUCUCAGUCGAAGUAAAGAAUAUCACAGCCAAAAUCAACCUCGACGCAAAGGUUCUCAACUUGCUCAACUUCAACGCCGGUGUCGAUCUCGGCAUUGACCGAGUAAAGCUCGGUAUCUACAACGUCACAGCCAAGGUUGAACUUGAAGCUCGCCUGGGUAACAUUCUUCGUAUGGUCGAUGAUGUGCUUGAGAGCAUUGACUUGAACCCCAUUAUCGCUACUCUGGGUGAUACCGUGAAAGACGUCGUGGGUGAUGUCGGCGAUGUCAUCGGUGGUGGAAGUGGAGGAGGCAGCGGAGACGACAGCUCUGGCGAAGAUCCCGAGGCUGUAGAAAAGAGAGACCUUACCAUCCGCCUUGAGAACAACAUUCUCUACUCCAUGAACGACUUCUCCGGCUCAGCACACACAAACCGUGUCCUGACACAAGACGGUUUCCUUUACAACAUCUACCUCGACAACCAGGGUCGUGAGAAGAAUCGUAAAGAAGUCGGUUACUACACCAAGGACAUGAAGUUCACCGGACACAACAGAACUAUCACCGUGGAUGGAGGAGUCGAAUAUGAGCUGCAGUACACAUACUCGCCUUAUCACGGCCUCAGCGCCUAUUGUAACAUCUACACCGACCCCGCUGGAAAGGUCUUGCGGACAAAGAUUGUUGCUGAGGCUGAAGGCGGAGGCGCUGCCACAAUUGCCAAUGAGGAGGAGGCAGAUCUAUAA